UUAUUUGACGAGUGUAAAGUUAGCUGCCUCACUAUUUAGGGGAAAGGUCGCUCUGCAGUGUCAUAUUCAGCACGGACUGAUAUUCAUUCACUGCAGAAAGAAUAUAUCAGCCCAACAGUUUAUCCUGACACUCCUGGCUUGUUGAUUCUGCAUCAUGGCUCUUCUCCGAGGUGUAUUUGUUGUGGCGGCCAAGCGCACUCCGUUCGGUACCUAUGGUGGCGUGCUGAAGGAUCACAGUGCGACAGACUUGGCUGAGCAUGCAGCCAAAGCCGCCCUCGCUGCAGGGGGCGUGGCACCAGAACUUGUAAACAGUGUCAUCGUUGGAAAUGUCAUGCAGAGCUCCGCUGAUGCAGCCUACAUUGCUCGUCAUGUGGGUCUGAGGUGUGGGGUUCCCAUCCCAGUGCCUGCUCUCACUGUGAACAGACUGUGCGGGUCUGGUUUCCAAUCAAUCAUCAAUGGCGCUCAAGAGAUUUGCCUCAGGGACUCAGAGGUGGUCCUGUGCGGAGGCUCAGAAAGUAUGAGUCAGGCCCCGUACGCUGUGCGCAACAUACGAUUUGGUACAAAGUUUGGAUUCGAUCUCAAGCUAGAGGACACCUUGUGGGCGGGUCUGACUGACCUGCAUGUCAAAAUCCCCAUGGGCAUCACAGCAGAAAACCUGGCAGAGAAGUACCAGAUCACACGAGAAGAAGUUGACAACUAUGCAUACCAGACACAACAAAAGUGGAAGGCUGCUCAUGAGGCGGGGUACUACACAGCAGAAAUUGCUCCCAUUGAUGUGAAAGCUAGGAAAGGCAAGGUGUCCAUGGCUCAGGAUGAACACCCUCGUCCACAGACAACACUUGAACAGAUGGCCAAACGCUCCGUCUUCAAGAAGGGAGGGACUGUAACUGCUGCCAACGCUUCGGGUGUAUCUGAUGGCGCUGCUGCUGUGGUGAUUGCAAGUGAAGAUGCGCUCAAUGAACACAAACUCACUCCACUGGCCAGGAUUGUGGCCUAUCAUGUGUCAGGCUGUGACCCAAGCAUUAUGGGAAUUGGUCCCGUUCCAGCAAUCACAGAAGCUCUUAAAAAAGCCGGCCUGACUCUCAAUGACAUGGAUCUUGUGGAGGUGAACGAGGCUUUUGCCUCUCAGUACCUGGCUGUUGCUAAGGCUCUUGGGCUGGAUCCAGCAAAAAGCAACGUCAACGGUGGAGCUAUUGCCAUUGGGCAUCCUCUCGGGGCCUCUGGAGCACGUAUCACUGCCCACCUGGUUCAUGAGCUCAGGCGACGAGGAGGCAAGUACGCCGUUGGCUCUGCCUGCAUUGGUGGUGGUCAAGGCAUCGCCAUCAUCCUGGAAAAGUGCUGACCGAAAACAGCUGCCAGUAUCCGAGAAAUGCUGUAGAAGAAUGUCUUUUACACCCAUCCACUCAAGUAUAAUAAAAUACAGGUGACAUACUAAAAAGAGAUCGAAAUAAAAAAAUGAAAUACACAUACUGUGAAAUGGCAAACGUUCCCCCAACAAGAUGGACUGCUGCACAGCUUUAACCCUGGCACACAAAGAUCAACAUUCUUAAACUCCUUAAUGUCUAUUUAUACAAACAAUUAUAAUAAAUGUCUCAGUCCAGUGUUGCCUUGGAAGCCAUGUGAAGAUAAAGCGCUAACUCAUGUUUCUGUGAUUGUUUAACCAACUGCCACAGACUGUUUGUAUGUGUAAAUGUGUCACAGAGCUAAGUCACAUUCACAAGUGUAGCAUAUUAUUAACUCCAUAAAGAACAGUCUGUUUUGGGUAACAGUAAGGUUUUAAGGAACUCUGAAUUCUGGUGUUUGCCUUAAUAUGUGUUCUAUCACUCCAUUAUCAGGGAUCAGCUAUUCCAGUAAAUAUGUCUGAACUGCGAUGGCUCCAGCACAUCUGAUUUUGUAUGUCCGUGUCAAAGAUUCUCAAUAAAUAACAUUUUCAAAAACUAAA